AUGGAGUCUGAAGAUCUUGGAAGCCAAGAGAAAACCAAAGAGGAGGAAACCCCAAAAUCAUCUGGGAGAGUGGGCAGGGAGCAGAGGAGUGAAAAGGAGUCAGCAAACCAGGGAGAAAGUCAAAUGCUCUCCUACUUGUCAGGACCAGACACAUAUAGUGGGAGGCUAAAUAGUUUUUGGAGAAGACCCAGCAGCCAGGAAGUCCAAAAGAUGGCAGAGCCCACUGCCCAGGGACUUUGGCACCAGCUAGAAGCUAGAGGGCCAGGCCAGCAGGUGGCUGGCGUGUCAGAGAACCAGAGAUAUGGAGAAGAUAAAGAGGUAGACAGUGAAAGAGAGUGUAGCACUGAAGCUUCCUUCAACGCAGUGGGGAAUGAGCUUCAACCUUCAGCUCCAACAGGGCAAAGUGGCACACUAUUCAAACACCUCCACCCCAUCGCACUGCGUGUGAGUACCCCAGCGCUGCCCGGGACUCGGGCUUCGGGCUCACAGUGUUGGAGGUUGAGUCCUGCCUCAGUCCUCCAGGUACAGCCGCGAGUCGUGUUGUUCUGCUGUGCCUUGUCACCUUCUCCUAAAGAUGCACACUUGCACACUGAAGAAUGCAACGUGUUGAUUAACUUGCUUAAGGAAUGUCACAAAAAUCACAACAUUCUGAAAUUUUUUGGUCAUUGCAAUGAUCUUGAUCUGGAGAUGAGAAAAUGUUUGAAGAAAGAGUACCAUGAAAAGAGGAUGAAGAGCAGGGAGCAUGGCGAUGCGAUGCGAUGCGAAAGAAACUUUUCAAUCCUUCAGAGUAAUCUGAAAAAUGAAUUCCAUAUUCACUGGUUUACCUUGGUUGAGAGAAGAAUUAUGGACUCUUGACUGAUAGCCAAAAGAAUUCUGUCUUCAUUUGGUCUUCGUAAUCCUUUGAAUGGAAAGUGACCUAUGAAAAGUCAAGCCAUGGAGACAUAUGGAAGCUUGGAUUUUGAGUAUUUGUUGGGCAGAACCUUUAGUACUUUGUACUAUACCAGUGUACUUCAUUUCUGACAACUUCUUCUAUUUGUCUGCAACUAGUUAUCAUUUAAGUAACUUAUCAAAUUCAAUAAAAUAACUGAUGUUAAGCAAAAAAAAAAAAAAGAAA